CUCUCUCUCUCUCUCUCUGCCUUUUUUUCCUUCCCACCCCCAAUAUCACAAGAGAAGCCAGAAAAAUGGGGGACAUUCGGAACUGAUAGCAAAGACGACAGCUUCCCACAGGAGAAAUUAGCCCAGGGGAAUGGCCAAAGAUGUACGGAGAGGUAGCUCUAAAUGGAUAUCCUAAGGAAGAAGCAGGACUACUAGAAGGGCAGAGAGUCGAGAAAGCUACUUUUAAAGAAAGAACUGAACCAGUGAAAUCCAGGGAGUAGAGGAGAGGUUUGGGUGACUAGGUCUUAUAACCUCUGGAUGGAUUGGAAUGGGGGAAGCCACCUACUCCACGAGGUCAUGCCACUCCAUAAAACCCGGAUUCUUCAUUAAAACACUCCUCCUUCUCCUGUUCUUUAGACAUGUAUCUUCCAACUGCAAGAUCUUGCGCUGCAACUCCGAGUAUGUGGCCUCCACCCUUAACUUGCGUGGUCCCAACAAGAACGCGGCCUACUGCAAUGCCUUGCGCUCCUACUCCCGCUGCACCCGCAGGACAGCCCGCACCUGCCGUGGAAACUUGGUGUACCACUCUGCCGUCCAUGGCAUCGAGGACCUCAUGAUCCAAAACAACUGCUCCAAGGAGGGUCCGACCUCACUGCCACGGCCUCCUGUGCCGGCACCCAACCGCCAGACCUUCGCCUCCCUGGACAUCUGUGACUAUGAGAAGAGUUUUGCCUAUAAGCACGGCAGGCCCCCCACCUAUCAGCACUGUAGCACAUUUGGGGACCCUCACGUGCGGACUUUCCGUGAUGAAUUCCAUACAUGCCGGGUAGAGGGUUCCUGGCCCCUCCUCGACAACAACUACUUGUUUGCUCAGGCGACAAGUUAUCCUGUAGCAAAAGGAUCAAAUGCCACAGCAACCACCAAGCUUACCAUCAUCUUCAAGAACAUGAGGGAGUGCAUUGACCAGAAGGUCUACAAGGCAGAAGUAGACAACGUGCCAGCAGCUUUUGAGGAUGGGUCAGUGAACGGAGGUGAGAGGCCUGGAGGAAACAGCUUGAGCAUCCAUGAACGCAUGCCUGGGCAGCAUGUAGAGAUCCAAGCCGCGUACAUCGGCACCACCAUCGCCGUGCGCCAGGCAGGGAAGCAGCUUUCCUUCUCCAUAAGAGUGGCUGAGGAGGUGGCCCAGUCCUUCACAGAGGAGCAGGACCUCCAGCUGUGUGUGGGAGGCUGUCCCCUCAGCCAGCGCAUCUCUCGCAGCGAGUGCCCCUGCAGCGAUGGCACCAUCAAUGCCCAAAAGGCCCAGAGGUUGUGCAAGGAGAAAUUGCCAGUAGAGGACAUCUACUUCCAGUCCUGUGUCUUCGAUGUGGUGACCUCAGGUGACGCCAAUUUCACGCUGGCAGCCCGUGGUGCUUUGGAAGAUGCCAAAGUAUUCCUCCCAGAUGCAAAGAAACUUCACCUCUUCCAAUCUGGUGCUGCUUCCUGGAGCAGCAGCUCAUCCAUCUUUCUCCUCCUCCUCUUCAUACCUAUUGUUUCUAUUUUGCAGCAGCACUUUUAAAAGUCCUUAUGAACUAGUGGUUAGUUUGUGCUAUGAUGGUGGACAAGGCUCAGUUCGCUGGAAGGGUGGCAUGGGCACUGUGAAAAUACAUGAUCUAGAUCUGAAUAUAAGAGGAUGCGGGGUUUCGGACUGCAAGUUAAGGAAAAUGCACAUUUCUUGUGGUUACAAUGUUUUUCCACUAUGCACAUCAUUCCUUCCAAGUUCCAUGCCCAAGCAAUCAGACUGGGAAGUGAAAGUUGUCUUUGCCUCCCAAAGACCGAUCACAGAACAAAAGUAACAUGCGGAGUG